AUGGUGAUCCGAUUUGCCCUUCUGGCUAGCAUGACCGACAUAGAGAAAAGUGUCAAAUAUCUGGUCACAAAGGCCAAUCUUAGACUGGUCGACCUUUUGGAUCCUCACCAGGAUGUGAGGGAAUCUACUGCGGGGAGUGCUACCGGCACUGAAGUCCUCAAACAACAGCUAGAUGUGUCACAACCCCAUCCAAGGAGGAAUGCUCAGUUUGAGAAGAAACUCAGCGACCAGCUCAGUGCUGCUGAGGCUCAAUACACCGAGCAACUCAAGGCAUCUAAGGCUACUUAUGCCGAGCAGCUGAAGGCAGUCGAGACGAAACAUUCUGAGGCCCUCAAAGAGGCUGAGGCGAAGCAUACCGAGGCUCUUAAAAAAGCUGAGGUGAAGCACCUCGAGGCGCUACAAGUGACCGAGGCCACAAUUGCUUCUCUCGAAGAGGAGCUGAAGAGAAAGGAUGCAAGUAUUGAUAAGAUUACUGCAUCCAAGGAGAAGUACAAGGAGGUCUCGCUCAUGAAUUAUCGGGAAGCCCACAAGCUUCAAGAUGAGCUGGCAAUAAGUCGCUAG